UCUGUCAUUGUAAAUCGGACGCGUUGAGGUCCAUUGCAAUGUGAAUUUGAAAGAGUUUAUCUAUAAAUACUAAGUGUAUAUAAUUAAUAAAUUUAUUCCAAUCUAAGCUUUUCUUUAAUUUAAAUACGACUAGAUCUCGAAUCUUAUAAAUAAGAGUUCGAUAUAUUAUCUACUUGGUGGCGAUUCUACAAUUGUGGCCCUUUGCUUUCUGCAAAAUGAUAACAAUUUUGCUGCAUUAGAUUAAAGGAAGAUUAUCUUUAGGAGUAAUUAGAUACUUUAAAAUGGCUAGUAAAUAUCAUCAAAGUUCUCAAGUCAAUGCCCAAGCGCAGCUGGUACAAUGGAUAAACGAUGCAGGCCUAUCGGAAGGUACAAAAAGGGCGAAUUUAUUAAGAAAAAUAAUGGAAGUUAUGAUACAUCAAGCACCUCAAACCAUUCCUAUGUACAUAGAAAAUGUUUUGAGUUUUGUCAGUGACAAAUCUACUGAUGUCAAAAAGCAGGUUGUUGCGUUCAUUGAAGAGUUGAGUAAACAAUAUCCUGAAUACCUGCCAAAGAUAAUUGGACAACUGCAAAUGUUAGUGAUAGAUUCAGUGAUAGCAGUACAGAAGCGUGCCAUACAGGCAGCCAGUAUAGCAUACCGGAAUGUACUAAUAUGGCUUUGCAAGAGUAAUGCUGAAAUACAAGAGAUGCAACAUGUUUGGGAACAUCUUAAUAAAUUAAAGUUAUUGAUUUUAAACAUGAUAGACAGUGAGAAUGAGGGUAUUAGAACACACUCUAUAAAGUUUCUGGAAGAAGUUGUUCUGCUGCAGAGCUCCAGUGAGGAUUCCGAAGAUGAGUUCACACUGGAUAAGUUACCCGCUCACUUGCCGUUCCUGAAACGGCAUGCAUUAGAGGAAGAGGCUGAGCACAUAUUUCAGUUAUUACUAAAAUUCCACAACUCACAACAUAUAUCAAGUGUUAACUUAAUGGCCUGCAUGACAACAUUAUGUCUACUCGCUAAGUUAAGACCUAAGUACAUGCCACGAGUUGUCCAAGCAUUAGGCGACUUACAUACAACCUUACCGCCAACUCUCUCACAAUCUCAAGUUAAUUCAGUGAGAAAACAUUUAAAAAUGCUUCUUUUAAAUUUAAUUAAACAUCCAUCAUCAAAUGAUAUGUUACCAAAUUUGACACAACUCCUCGCUGAUAUAGGUAUGACACCACAAGAGAUAAAUAAAAUUGUACCAAAAGAAAGAAGGAAUAAACGUGUCAAUGAAAUUAAAGAUGAUAAUCCAGUUAAAAAACUUAGAAUAGAUUCACCACAAAGUUAUAGUCAAGGAAGCGAUAGUAAUAGUCGCAGUGAAUUUACAUACGAAGAUGAUAGUAGUCAGAAUAGCUUUAAUAUAAGUAAAGCUUCGGUCACUGAAGACUCUAUAUUCGAUGGAUUGAACAACAUUGAUUGUGUUGUCAAUCUAAUCAUGUCUACCCUCUUAAAUCAUCUUCCACCCACAAUGCCGAGUAAUUUUAUAACAGCUUACAAACCUAUACCAAAUUCUGGUACUAAAACACAAAAGAAGAGUCUAGCUAAAAUGAUAUUAGCAUUAAUUAAAGAUGAACCGAUUCCCACCACACCCACUUUAAUUCCCACGCCCACUUUUAAUCCCACUCCCACUCUUAUUCCCACGCCCACCCUAAAUCCCACGCCCACUCCGAUACAACCACCAUUAUUAUCUGAAACCACAACUAAAAUACCAUUAUUAAGAGACGAUGAUGAAAAAGUAACUCUAAAGAAUGCAGUUGCUAAACUACAAGAAUCCGCUAAAGCUGAAAGAGAAAUGGAGUCUGCUGUAUCCAAAUUAAUGGAAGAAACUAGACAGGAGCAUAUAAAAGCGGAAGAGAGAAAGACAAAAGAGAAAGAGAAGUUAGUCGCUCCACCGACACCGUCAAUACCAAAAUUGAAACAAAAAGUCAAAUUAUUAAAAUUACAAGAAUUAACGAGACCGAUACCGAAAGAUAUAAAAGAGAAAUUAAUGUUACAAGCCGUUGAAAGAAUAUUAAGAGCUGAACAAGAUUGCAUAAUUGGUGGUGCUGAACAAAUACGUACAAAGUUUAUAACGAUAUUUGCAUCUAGUUACACAUCUGAUAUAAGAGAAUUAGUACUACAUUAUAUACUUGAAGAUCCAGUAAAUAGAAUUGAUUUAGCAUUAUCCUGGUUGUAUGAGGAGUAUUCAAUAAUGCAAGGAUUUAAUCGUCAUCCGUUAACUUUGAAGAAUAUUAAUGAAAAACACGAUCAAAAUUAUAAUCAACUUCUAUGUUCUUUGAUAACUCAAAUUUGCGAAAGAGGUGAUCCAUUGAUGGAAAAUAGUAAAGAUAUAUUAAUGAGGAAGAUAUAUUUAGAAUCUCCGGUGAUAACGGAGGAGGCGAUUGAUUAUUUAAAACAUUUGGUUAGUGAAGAAAAAAUGGCGUUGUUAGCAUUGGAUUUGUUGGAAGAGUUGUGUUUGAUGCGACCACCGAGAGCUCAUAAAUAUGUCGCCUCGUUAGUUCCACAUGUUUUGAGUGACAACGAAGAAAUCCGCGAAGUGGCAUUAAAAUCUUCACUAAAAGUGUACAAGAACAGCACAGAUUCCGCACGACGUGUGAUAGAGAAGAAUGCACUUCUUCAUCUGGGAUUUAUAACACUGUCUACCCCCCCGGAGAUCAUCAGUCCGCGACACGCCAGGGUAUGGACCGAAGAGCAGUACAAACUGUGCUUGAGCCUCGUCAUAGCAUUGUUCCCGGAGAAAGAAGAGUUGAUAUUGGAGAUGGCGCGUGUGUACGGCAGCGCGGGCGCGGAGGCGAAGCGCUGUGUGCUGCGAGCGCUGGAGGGGCCGGUGCGAGCCGCGACCACGCCCCACGGCCCCGCCCAUCCCGCGCUGCGCCCCGCCUUCCGCCUGCUGCUGGACGAGUGUCCGCGCGGAGCUGAGACUCUGCUCACCCGGCUCGUGCAUAUACUUACUGAGAAAUCACCCCCUACUCCGGAGUUGGUGUCAAAAGUGCGUGAGUUGUACGCGACUCGAGUAUCCGACGUGCGUUUCCUGAUUCCCGUUCUUACGGGACUCUCAAAAAAAGAGAUCCUCGCAGCAUUACCAAAAUUGAUUAAACUGAAUCCCGCUGUGGUCAGAGAAGUGUUCAACAAACUCCUGGGUCUUCAGAACUCAAUGGAUGAAGAACCACCUGAUAUAAUAAUUUUUUCACCGCAAGACCUUUUAGUGGAAUUGCACCUUAUAGACCCGAGCAAAGCUGACCUCAAGUACAUCAUCAAGGCGACUGCCAUUUGCUUCGCUGAGAAGAACACGUACACACAGGACGUGCUGUCAGCGGUGCUGCAGCGUCUGGCGGAGGAGCGGGAGAUCCCGGUGCUGAUGAUGCGCAGCGUGCUGCAGGCACUCACCUUGCACCCCACCCUGGCCGCACUCGCUACACACAUACUCAGUCUGCUCAUCGACAAGGAGGUAUGGCGUCAUAAGGUCGCAUGGGAGGGUUGGGUGAAGUGCUGCGAGCGUCUGCAGGCGCUGGGCAGUUCCGGCGUCCGCCCGCUGCUGGUCGCGCUGCCUCCACCUGCACUUGCCUCGUUACCCGGACCUCUGCAGCAGCUCGCUAUGGAACCUCAACCUGGCAACCCCAUAGAGCCAUUACCACCUGGCAUGGAAUGACGAAUGGCUCACAGUGACCCACACACUGAUGCUGAGUGGUGUCGCUUCUUUUCUGAUGUUGACUUUAAUUAAUGAAGUGUUUUAGUGAAUAAUUUGUAACGAGAACUUUAUAUUACGUAACGUGUUAUGAGUUGCAAUUAAUUAAAUUUUAAUAAAGAAUUUGGUUACUUAUUGUUUUUCUUUUAGAUAGAGUCAAUUGGAAUAAUAUACAAAAGAUAUGUCUGUUUCUUUAACCUAGUAGUUAUAGUUACUAGCUGUUGUCAGCGACUCGGUCUGCGCGGAAAAAAAACAUAAUUAGUAUCCUAUGUGUUCUUCAAGGCUGUU